UUGAGACUAGAAGACUUCAAAUCUGAUCGAAUUUUGCAGGCUUGUGUGGGAUCUUGUUUUUUGCAUCAUAAUCGGGACGCUUCUUCAAGCCUGGGAGAUCUCGAAAGCAAUUUGAAAAGGGUUGUUCUUGGCCUCAAUUCUUUCACAUUGAAGCAACUGCAGAUUUUGGGGCUUAAUAUAAUGUUAUCUUAUCUUGCUUUUCUCUCUUCCUUGUGUACAUGCAUUUCGUUGGAUGAAAUUCCCACGAAUCUUCCAUCGGUUUGGGGCUGCAAAUUGUUGCAGAGGCUUCAUCACAGAAUGUUAGAGGGUUAUCGAUAGCCUACUUAUUCUGGGCAGUGGAAUGCAGUCAAGGGAGUGCCUCAGGGUAGAAGUAAUGAUGAUGCGAUCUUCCGUAAUGUAAACUGUCUUGUGGUCUUAGUUUUGUUUACUAGUUAUAGAACUGUUUGAACAC